CUGUUUUGUUUUCUGAGUAGUUCAUGCGCUGCAUUGAACGUCCCAUGAGUCCACCUAUUCACUCAUCUCAUCGAGACCCUAAAAAAGCAAAACUGCAUGGCUGACACAAGUGCUUUUGCUUUUCCUUUCGUUGCCGGCCAAGGCUUCGAUGCCGGGCUGGGUUAGGUGCCACUGGAUUUCGGAAGCGUCUACGCCAUAACUACUGCUUCAUCUUCGCCUGUGGCCUUCUUUUACCAACAAACAAGAACAGCACCGCAAGAUGUCAGCCCCCGUCCCCGCCACUCUAUCCCGCUCUCAGAAGCUGGUCUUGGGGACCAGGGUGACGAGAUAUAUGCUAACCCGAACGUUCCAGACACCCCUCUACGCUAUCAGAAGGAAUCGCGUAAAUUUCCUGUUAUUCGCCUCAACCUUUUGCCUCGCAGGCAGCUUGUGGUUCUCAGUGAGAAAGAUAAGUGCUGGGUGCGUUGGACUGCUGAUAAAUGAUGGGAAGGUACUAGAAGUAGAAUGAUUUUUUGUGCGACUACAAUUAGCUAGAGCAUUUCCUAAGAUGGGGGAUGGCUUGCAUGGAUUGCAAUGCAUUGCAUGGAUGGCAUGGCCAGGAGGAGCGAAGGCGUGACCUUUUUAAAGGGGAAGUGCGCACUUCUCUGCUUGAACGCAGCGCCCCGCCUGACAAGGCCACAGGAAGGCCGUCGCCUUGCUUAUCUUGUUGCGCUCUGCCCGCCCGCGGAUAGGGGGGCCGUUUCUCGUAGGAGUGCUGAGGCCGCGCGUGGGUUCCCUUUCGGUUCGAGCUGGCUGCAGGGAGGACGUAGAGCGCCUGACGCCUGGCCGCGUUGGAGAUGCCAGCAAACUAGCCUAGAGAUUCGCAGCUAGAUAGAAGCCGGGCCCCUAAGUAAGUGCGUAGUGGUCGAUGGGCAUAAGUCAGUGCUUAAGGUGUUAGAUUAUGAAGCCCCCCAUUGCCUCCUGGGAAUGGGAUGGCAUUGCCGUGCUACUUGCGACCAGUGUGCCUACAGUAUAUUGAUGCCUAUACUUUUUCGCUAUGGGCCCGCGUUAGAAGGAACAGGAAGGCAGUGGCGUUCGGCUAUCAGUCUGGCCUUGAUUUCCGGCUGGGUUUAAGUAGGCACACAGCAAGCGCGCUAGUUCUCUUUCGUGCACAGGCUGCGGCACGUAUCUACGGCCCUCUGCGUUGCCGGCGUUGGGGAGGUGGUCUUUGGGGGGGGUGUUCUGACUGUAGCCUGCGUACUAUGCUGCGCCCGGAAGUGAAUGCUUCAAAGUUGCCUGCGCCCAAGCUGUUGGAAGGUGGAACACGACUACAGUGAGUGCGGACGAUGGCGCCCGAAGGGCGCCCUGAAAAAAAUCUUCGUUCUAAAUAGUGCCAUCCAUUGCAAUGCAUGCAAUCCAUCCCAUGCAUUUCAGAAAUCCACAAAGAGCGAAACUCUCUAAAUUACAACUACAACGAUGAGAGGCUGGAGAUUUCAACCUUCAUGAUGCUAGUCGAGUGCGAAGAGUCCAUAAAUUCAACUUCAACUACAGCAUCAUCAUCACAGGCCCAACCGCACGUUUUCGAUGGUGGUAUGAUGCUUUUGACCAACCCGUUGAAGGACUCCUAUGUCUCUAUGCGCCUCAGUCCUGUUCUAAAGCGUUUUAUCCGAACAUACAAGACGGCAGAUAAUAAAGAUGUUGAGGUAGACUACAACUGCUAACUGUGAGAACUACAACAUCUUCUGUUGAUCUGAGGCGUGAUGUUAAUAGAUAGAAGAUAACCCUCAACAUUAGGAACAUUCCCUUCACUCUGUGAAGAUGUUGAUCGUACCCUCAUCGUCACCCUACUUUCGAAACAUGAUAAACACCAGAUCCACAUGCGCAUCGCUUUGCAAAUCAAGCUGCAUUGGGCACCCGAGAUCUGGACCAAUUUCGGACGUGAUUUUGGGCGUGGCUUUCUAGAGAAGGAAUUCGACAUUGACGCGAGACAAGUGCUGAAAAAUUACACCUUCUCUUAAGGCUUCUGGCUUGUUCUUAGGAUUGAUUCAUUUCAGCUGUUCAUCUUUCUCUGUGAUUCCGAGAAAUAAGUAGUCUGAGGAGAUGAAUUGCCACUAUUUUGUUGUGCUCUAAUCUGCAGAACUAACCGACACCAAACGACACUCAGACCUGCAAAUGCAAGUCAUAGAAGAAUUGAAGGAGCGUCUAAAUGAUGCAUGCGCAUUUCAUCACUUGAUAUUGAAAGACCCACACGAAAUCGAAAUGGAAUUCAGAACACCUAUGUUUUGAUGGUUUCAUUUUGAGUGCAUGCUCAUUAUAGAUUUGCUGUCGAAAGUAGUCAACAUCUUUUUGAUGAUACACCGACAAGGACAAAAGCGAUGUUACAAGAGGCUCUUGAUGCGCUACGUAAUAUCGCUAUUCGUUACGUCCAGAAAGGCCGCAUUUGGUUCUGGCGCUACUUACAGGAUCGAAUUAUUUGGAAGAACAGC